GGUUUUACGCCAGGAAUCAUCCUCUUGACACACAUUCAGGCGGAAGCUGUCCUGAUCGUCUAACUCAGUUUCUCACGUGUGUACUUGAUAUUUAUCUUUUUUAUUUUUUUAAUCGACGACUAACUUGACAACAACACGAUGUCCUUUCUUCCCGGACAACCGGUCACUGCUGUUGUGCAACGUAUUGAGAUCCAGAAGUUGCAGCAAGGUGAUAAUCUGAUACUGGGCUUCAGCAUCGGAGGAGGAAUCGACCAGGAUCCUGGCCAAAACCCUUUCUCUGAAGAUAAAAGUGACAAAGGAAUCUAUGUGACCAGGAUCUCGCCCGGAGGACCAGCAGAUGUGGCGGGCUUGAUGGAGGGGGACAAAAUAAUGCAGGUGAAUGGGUGGGACAUGACGGUCAUGACUCAUGACCAGGCUCGCAAAAGACUGACCAAAAAGAAGGAACAUGUGGUGCGUCUCCUGGUGACCCGAAAGUCCCUUCAGGACGCCGUCAAGCAGUCCAUGGGGAAACUUCCCAAACCUUCACAUGGGGCUGCUCACGGGAUGUACAAGGACCAACUUCUGCGCUGAGACUUUGACCCCACCCACGAUUGCUCUGUGUCCACGUGAAGUCCAUUGAUGGGCAGUCACUACUGAGACAUGCUGGUUAGGAUGAGGAGGGGAGGAGUAAACAAAAAAUACAAAGGUAUUUAAGGAUAAGUCCUGAUUGUACAUGUAACUCAAGUUUUUUUUUUUUAUCAAAAGUUUCAUGUAGUUGCAAGGUACACGCAGCAACUGGCAACUUUUUUACUUUUAUAUGGAGUAGUAGCAUCGAAGUGACUUAAAUGCUUUUUCAGCUUACUCUCUUGAUGUACUAUAUUUAUGAGAAAAUAAGUGUGUACGACAACAUUUCAUUUCAUUGCGUCUUUCAGGAGCAAUAUAUUAAACCUUUCUCUCAGAUAUUAGACACAGACGGUGCUGCCACAUUGCUGUCGGAUUUUGUUUCAGACAGUUUGGACAGUGUCCUGAAGAAGCAGUCAGUUUAAACCAAGUUGGACCAGGCACUGUCCUGAUAAAUUUGUCGAUUAGAUUUCACAAAACCCAUUCUUUGAAAUACAGUCUCGAUGUACAAUUACCCCAAAUGAAAUAUGAAACUACAUUAAGCUUCUCAUUUGACAUCGGGAAUUUCAUUUUGUGCUCUUUUUUUACUUUUACUUUUUGUGUAUGCUGCAGAGCCAAAGUAAAAGUCAAGACUCUAUAUCGAUGAACGUAGUGAGCCAAGAAUAUUAAAACUACAACUGUGAUUGUCAGUGUCUGUUAACCUCUGUUUGAGCUGCGCCGCAAACUAAUGUACACCAAAGUGCUGUGGUACUAACGUGUUUAUACUUCAUGAUUCAUUGUUUUUUUCUUUUCUUUUUUUUUUUUUUUUAAGUGUGAAUGAAUGAUUCAAUGCAUUAACAAUUCCACCAAGCUGUAAUAAACUUAAUAUUUUAUACCAAAUAAACCUGCCUUUCACUUCAUCAUUGUAGCAAAUGCCAUUGAUUUGACAUAAGGAGCUGGUGUUGAGGUGAAAAACAUGCAACAUUUGCAUCUGACUUCAACCUCAACCAGUAUGUUUAGUAUCGAUCAUUAAUAAUUAUCCUUGAACUUUUGAGCGCUUCAUUUCCUUCUGAUGAUAACACCUGUCUUUGCUUGCCUCUUCUUGGUUACCUCUUGUGUGUGGAAGUGGAAUGAGCCUCUGCACAAAACUCAGCUGACCAACCCGAAACCAUUUGCUUUCCCUCCCUACCUUUUAUUGUGAGCUCAUGAGUGUCUAUUUUUAUGCCUCACCAUGCCGCCCUUUGAUCUCAAAAACGCUUGGAAUAGCUUCAAGUUGCCAUAUAUAGAGUGACAUUUCCAAUCUGUUGCGACCUUUCGGCAUGGACCAAUUCGUUUUGAAGUAAUUUUUCUUGUGUUUUGAUCUUGAUGUACAGUUCAUGUUUUAACCAUUAUUUUGAAACGGCAAAUACAAAAGUUUCUUCUGAUUUGGUCAUUUUAUGGUAUGAUACAGAAACCGAAGAAUGAGAUUAGUGUGAUUUCAAACACUUGCCGGCAGAACUAAAUGUAUAUUUAUUGAACAGACUUUGUAAAUGCUAUACUAUUUGUUAAGAAAAAAGUGUUGAAGGCUUCUUUUUAUACA